AUGAUCCUGGACGACUUUCCUACUCCAUUCUCGAUCAGCAAUAUCAACGACAACAACACAGCCAGGACUCAAUCACAUCUGAAAGAAGGAUCCUCAAUCAAUACAGCUCUUAGCCCUACCAAGACUACAUCAUCGACCAAUAACAACCUUUCUGAAGACGCUGUCGCACCAUUUGACACAUCUUCAACAUCGACUGCCCUCCCUACAUCUCACCAACAACCACAGCAGCAGCAACAGCAAGGGUCAACACCCGGUAGUGGUGUUACAAACAAACUGACACCGUUGGUACUCCUAAUUGAUCGAACAAGCAUUCUGACGGUAGAGUCGAUCUUGACAACACCCUCGACACAGAGCAACUCACCCUCUGGAUCCAUAGUGAUGACCAUGGCUGGAGAAGCAAUUACGUUUUUCGAUGACAUGAUGGAGGACAUCAGCGCUUCAUCUUCAUCCUCACCUACAACACAUAAUUCUGCUUCAGGAACAAAAUCGGCGUCCACAACAAUACAAACAUCAACCACUGCCACAACAACCACAUCCGCUAUACCCAUCUCUUCCGCAUCAGGGAUCAAAGCCCUACUUCAGCAACAUCAACAACAACUAACCAACGCAACAACUAUUACCACCACAACUACCGCCAGCGGUUUCCUGACACCAAGUCCGACACAAUCACUUCCAGAACUAUACCACGACUUUUUUGACCCGAUCCGAGCAGGCGCAGGAGGUGCUGAGCAGCGGUACGAUGAUUCUGAUCAGUCAAUGUCGGACGCCGAGAUGGAGAUGGAGAUGGAUUUGGAUAUGAUGGAGGAUGCGCCGAGUGUUCGAGCUCGGUUGGCUGAGAUGCGACGGGCCCUGGAGAGUGUUGUUUGGUAA